CCGCUCCUUCCACUCUUGGUACGGGAUCAGUUCCACAAAAGUUAAACCUCACCUCGUAUCUCAUCAUACGGUAGCCGAGGAUGCUAUCAACAACGCCGUCUUCCCCGUAGUCCUUAACACUUUUUCAUCCACCUUUGUGCCCAGAUGCCCAGCAUGGCAGCACCGGACUCCAAACCCAUCAAAUUCACCCACCAAUACUCCUCAGAGUCCGAAUUGAACACGGUCGAUAUUUGCCUCCCACGGAGUCCAUCACGGGACAAUGGGAAACGAUACUGGGUAGUCUUCAUCCACGGCGGCGCCUGGCUGGAUCCCGACACAGACUCCAGCUCCUUCGCCGUCACACAAGACCAUCUUCUGGCCGGGCGCCACCGCGAUUUAAUCGAAGGAUAUGCCUCUAUUAAUUACCGACUCUCUCCUUUCCCCUCGCACCCCACCAACCCCUCUCACCCGGCCGAUCCCGCGCGCAAUGCAAAACACCCAGACCACAUCACCGAUGUCCUCCGCGCCGUCUUGUACCUGCAGGAAACCUACCACUUCGGGGAUCGUUACAUUCUCGCCGGCCACUCGGCGGGCGCAACGCUGUCCUUCCAACUCGCCAUGAAGCGCUAUUGGGGCCAGCAGUACGAACCCACCUACGCGCUCGAGCUCAACGUCGUGCCUCCCAUCGCCAUUGCGGGGCUCGCAGGCAUCUACGAUCUCCACGCUCUGGUGCGCAAUCAUGCAGACAAGCCUGAAUACCACGACUUCAUCGCCGGUGCUUUCGGUCCUCCUGCGGAGUGGGACAAGGCGAGUCCCAGUCAUGGUGCGUACGCUUCGAGCUGGAAGGAGGGACAAUUGGCGGUCAUUGCGCAUUCGGCGGGCGAUACGCUGUUGGAGGAGGAGCAAGCGCAGAUUCAACUGGACACUUUGCGGAAGUCAGGGUGGAGCGAGGGUAGGGCAUUGCACGACCUGGAACUGCAUGGCGAUCAUGACGAAAUGUGGAAAGGUUCGGAGGCCGCGCGGGCGAUUGAUUUUACGAUUCAACAACUCGUAAGUAGAUAGUCAGUUGAGGUCCAUCAGUGAGCAACCAAGACGAGCGGGGCUCAUGCCGGCGCGCCGUAAAGCAAUGCUCUUAGACAGCUACACGGAAACGCGUCAAAGACGCGAAGCAAACCCGGAGAGUCGCUCCUUCCUCUUUCGCACCUGCCUCAGCAUUCGGAACAGCAUCAUGUGGCG